AUUGCAUUUUACAUGUACAAGCUUGACCCUUACAAAAUCCUCGGUUACCAUGAACGGUUUACAUUAUCUAACGUAAAAGGCCGGACACGAGCCUCGCCUCUAAAGCCUGUGACACAGAUACUGGAUAAAAUUACACGGACUUUUGCACUGGUUAGAUAUUAGCAUGGACCAGAGAGCUUCGGGUGUUUCAAGGCCCGUUCAUUGGUGCGCCGUUUCAGUUUUUUCCCGAAGCUCUCUGCAAAGAUGCGCAUAGAGAAAUGGAUGAUUUUAACAAUAAUUUUCACCAUGUACUCCUUCAAUGCAGUUCUAGCUAACUGGGACAGGGUAUGCUCUCCAUUUACGAAGAGUUUUGGGCCUCAUCCCCACGGCAUCUGUGGCAGCCGAAUUGACGAGACCUUAGAUUUACUUUGUGUUGGAGGAUAUAAUGAAUACCCUAGUUAUGGUGGAUUUAGAAAGAAACGAGACAUAGCGGAAGGUCACGCUAGAGACCUUCAUGGGAUUUUAAUUAAAAGAAAGGAAGCUAAUUCAUAUUUGGUCAAAAGAUCGAACUUCUAUGAGCGUGGAGUUGUGUGCGAGUGCUGUUAUCACCGCUGUUCUGUGUUUGAACUAUUUUCAUACUGUAGAGGGGAACCAAGUUUUCUAGGAUUAUUUAAAAGAAGUGUGCGAGACCAGGAACCAAAAUUUCGUCAUGAUCACUCUAACGAUUAAUUUCGAGAUAAAAAAAUCUAUGGAGUAAGACGUUUGAAAAUACUAGUCACUUGCAAAGGAUUGAAAUGUAAACAGUUCAAUAAUAAUAAUGCAUAGACAAUAACACGUGUUUAAUAGUCAUAAUACAUGCGACUCGUCUGUAUUUUCUUUAAUUCGGUACUCUGUUAAUACUUAUGAAAAGUAAUAACAAAAAUGUGUAAUAGUUGACUAAAUUAGAGCAAGAAGAAGAUUAUCAGAACAUCUUUGAAAUAAUUUUGAUUUUUUUUUUAAAUUUUUAUUUCUAUUUUCCAGUGUUCACCAAAUUAAUUAACAUUGUAUUCCUAUACAAACUAAGCUAUAUUGACUCAGUGAUAGAGAAUAUCUUUAACACGUUUCAUAUAAGGAAUAUAGCUUUUAUUGUGAAAAUAUUUGACAAUUAAAUAGUCCGUCGCAACGUGACCUUACCGUAAAUAAUUGAUUUCAAAAUUCUGGGGUAGUUCAAUAAUAAAACAGUUUAUAAAACAAGUUUAACUUUUAACUUAAUAUUUAACUUUUUUUUGCAAGUGAACUUUGUGUAUUAGGUUAGAUGAAUGUUACCUUAGGAUAUUAAUUAUAUUAUUUUGAUCUCAGACAUUUACAAUUUAAGAAAUUUACUUUAAGACAUUUACCGAUAAAACAUUUACCCAUGCUAUACUUUUACUUUAUACAUGUAUAAUAACAAGUAAUGUUUCAAAUUUCCGUCAUUAAUGUUUAUCAGUAUAAAUGUUCCCAAUUUUAUUGUUUAUUUGAGAAAGAAAAGUGAAAUUAGUGAUAAUUACCCUUUUCAAGUGAAAUAUCUUAAAUGCACUUGUUCAUCUUUCAGUCUGGACAAACCAUUUGAGCAGCGUCACGACAAAACCAACAUAGUGCGUUUGUGACCAGCAUGGAUCCAGACCAGCCUGCGCAUCCGCGCAAUCUGAUCAGGAUCCAUGCUGUUCGCUAUCAGUUUCUUUACUUGUAAUAGAGUUGGUAAGCGAACAGCUGGUCGCAAAGCACUAUGUUGGUUUUGUCGUGACGCGGCUUAUUUAUCAUGCUAUAAUGUUAAAAAUAUUUGAGGAAAGAGUAUCGAACAAUGCAGAUCAUGUUCAGAUGGCACGGAUGCGCCGGCUGAUCAUGGUCAACACUGGUCGCAUGAAUAAAGUCCGUUGCAGCCAUAAGGCUAAGGGUUAAUUUUUAUGAUAUUAUACAGUCAAACAAAUCUUUUAUUCUUCGUUUGUUAUUAUUAUUCUACGAUUAAACUAGUUGAAACCUCUGUUAUGUACCAGACUUCCCACAUAAUUACUAGUAUGUUUUCCCUAAAAUUAUGUUUAAAGUGAAUUGGUCUAAAAUGGAAGGUCUGUAAUACAAUAAAUAAUUACAUUCAAAGUAUUUAGUAACAAACCACGAAUAAUUCAUAAAUGGAAGUUGUUGGCAAACCCGAUAUUACAUAGUUACAUUGUACAUGUUUAUUUAUUAAGCAGAUAAUACAUUGCUCUCGAACAAAAUAUUAUUAUUCAUCAUAAAAAUGUUCAUACUUAAUCACUUAGAACUUUAUCAACAUUGUUUUCUUUCAAACACUAUUUUAUAAGAAUAUCCAAAUGAUACAUUUCUAUAGUUUUUUUUAUCAAAACUGUGCCGGUUAUAAGCCAAUUCACUUUUAAGGAACUCCGCUAAGGUCCAAAAAGCUCAGAAACAAUAAACUUGAAAAUCUUACAUAAAUAAAUUGAGCUCUUUAAACGGUAACAUAUAAAAAUGAUAAUCUGCUGAGAAAUAGCCUGGUUA